CAUCCGGUAAAAUGGCAGUCGUGCUCGGGAGUCAACAUUGAUAGAUUUUCAUGUUUACCUCUGCUUUGGCUUCAUUCAAAUAUCAAUGAACAUCAAAUGAACACUCCUGUAUGUAAAUAGGCUAAAUUUAGAUCAUGGAGACCACCGGAGAUAUGGAAGGUGUUAACUGGGGGAACUUCGAAGGUUUCGACAUGCUUGAAGGCGACGAUGACAAUCUCGCACCCGAUACCAGUUCGAUAACUCGCGUUUAUUUGAAUAGCGGUUCUGGUGAAAGUCAAAGGGAAGAACCGAGACCAGGGGACAUGGGAACUGCGGACUUAUCUUCUGAUAACAAAACAACACAGAAACAGCCCAUUUCCAACGAUGGAUAUAUCCAACACACCAUAUCGGAGGACCAGAUACUGAUGCAGAUAAACCCCGGGGAAAACCGCAUGCCUUCCAACCCUAGUCAUGCUACAAUCACUAUGGAAACCCGAGAUCCCAACACCAAGCUUCUGGAGGUUACUAGGUAUCAGUGCAACUAUACAGGGUGUCCACGCACAUACAGCACAGCAGGAAACCUUAGGACACACCAGAAAACUCAUAAGGGUGAAUAUACCUUUGUCUGUAAUGAAUCCGGGUGUGGCAAGUCCUUCCUCACCUCCUACAGUCUCAAGAUCCAUGUACGAGUCCACACGAAAGAGAAGCCGUACGAAUGUGAGCUGAGGGAGUGUCAUAAGUCUUUCAACACUCUCUACAGACUGAGGGCACAUCAAAGGAUCCACUCCGGUAACACAUUUAACUGUGAGGAGGAUGGCUGUACCAAAUACUUCACCACACUUAGCGACCUGAGGAAACACAUACGCACUCAUACUGGUGAAAAACCAUUUGUAUGUAAAGAAGAUGGGUGUUCAAAAGCAUUUGCUGCUAGUCAUCAUUUAAAAACUCAUCAUCGAACUCACACAGGUGAGAAACCUUUCUCAUGUCACCAGGAUGGAUGUGCCAAGACGUUCACAACAAACCACAGUCUCAAGUCACAUAUGACUCGCCACACCAAGUCUGACAGUGGGGAGUCCAACAUGAUUGACCUUGAUCCAGGAACUUCAGACCAAGCUACAAACUACGAAGAUGACACUUACCAGAACCCAGACAGUAACAUCAGCACCAGUAUAGAGGACUUCCUAAACUCCAUCGCCAACGAUUACACUCCUGAUGCUGCUCGAAUCACAGGGACACCAGACACAUCUGGGUUGGCAAACAUGACUGUGGAUGGGAACACUGUUCUGGGACCAGUCGGACAGUCAACAAUGAUAGUGGCUGGGGACACUGGGGAUCUGUCUAAUCAAGUUUACAGUGUCCAGCCUGUCAUCAGUCUGCCCCAACCCCUCGUGGCUCCUCUACAGACUACAGAUGAGGCUCCAGUACCUGUCAUAGCUAUCCCCGACACAAAUCCAAUGAACAAUACAGUACAGACCGUCGGCACCAUUCCAGGCACUAGUAACAUGGUGCAGACCAGCAAGGACUCACCAGUAGUACAAGUGUUUAUUCCCGCGACAGAUACCAGUACUACCCCUUCCACUACAGAGUCUGUGUCCAAUCAGAAAGUGGACAACUCCCAACAGUCUGUAACAGUGCAGCAUUACCUUAUAACAAAGGUAAUAGCCAACACCCCAGAUGGGCCACGAGUUCAGUCUGAAAGUGCACUUCAGUUGGUGGCUCCCUCUGUGGCCAACCUGGGCCAAUCUGUGGUCGGAGGUCCAGUGAUUGGAGUUCCUUCAAGCAAUGUAGUGCCUUCUGUCCGAGUGAUCACUAGUAACGGGGAGGAGUCUGACCAGCAAGCCAGAGUGGUGCUGCCGCAAACCUCGGAGAACAUCUCGGCAACUACUACUCUCCCACCCAUUACAAUUGUGUGUGACUGUAAAAAGGAACGUUCAGAAGAAGAGGACUCAUGUGAUAAUCGUACAUCCUUCACCCCAGAUCAGGGGACUGGAAGCUCCUAUACAGCGAUACCAAUAACUAUGACACCUGUGAACCCAGUAACUGUGGCUCUGUCACCUGGCUCUAAAGAUAACUCCCAGUCUCUGAGUAAGGAAUUCACUCCUAUCGUGAUGCCAUCAGAUUUAAUUGACUCGAAUCAACUUACAGUAACUUUACCUGUGGCAGUGUCUUCAUCAAGUUAACGCCACUGACUAGCCUCACUCCUAUAAGUAGUCUAAGUCUUGUGUUUGAAGAUACAGGGGUCCCUUUCUUAGUUAUAUGACUCCCUACAUUUAUCUGACAUUGUAACAAACCUUAUUUAUUUUACAACAACUAAAAAACAGGUUAUAACUUAAUGGUGUAUUAAGAAUCUAUUUAAGUCAGACGCCCAAAAGUUCUGAAAUUAAACUUUGGAUUUGGCGAUGACAUUUUUGAAAAGUUACUUUUUAGAAAGUAAUUUGGAAAAAUAAUAAGCUGCUUCAUAUCCCUUUUUACUAUUGGCAUGAGAUCUGUAUAUACUAUAUUCUACCAUGUUUGCUAUGUAACGCCGGUUUUGAUUGGUUUAAAACCAUGUAUUAUUUUCCAAUAACCCACGCUCGUGCCAAUAA